AUGAUGCAUUCAGUUUCAGAUAAGCUUUGUUCUACGGAUGAGGCGCGCCAAGGCCUCUCUGCAGCUACCAAACUUCCAUUCAUGGCGUUUCCUUUAUCUCCAGCCGUUCUCUGUCGCCGGUUAUCUUUCUCGGCUGCUCCUCACAUUACGAAACACAUUUUUCUUCAUACGCAUUGCGAAGCUCGCUUUAACCGCCCCUCGAUUCUCCCCAAACUUUCUUCCAUAACUGCAAGUACCUCAUCAAUGGAAUUAGAGGACCAACAUAACUGUCUCCAAAAGUCAUGUAUUUCAGCCUUUGAACGUGGAAAGAGGGAAAUUGGGAAGUUAAUUACUUUGAUCCUUAUAUGUAUCCAAGUUUCUUCUCCAUUGCCCUUGUUGAGUUGGGACUUUCAAUUGAUCCAUCCUGCAGUGGCAGUACUUUAUUCGCCUGAUACCAAGGUUCCAAGAACAGGAGAACUUGCAUUGAGGAGAGCAAUUCCUGCAAACACAAGUAUGAAGGCGAUACAGGACUCUUUAGAAGAGCUAUCAUAUUUGCUAAGGAUUCCUCAGAGAAAGCCUUUUGGAACUAUGGAGGGCAAUGUGAAGAAAGCUCUUAAGCUGGCAGUUGAUGAAAAAGACUUGAUUUUGGGAAGUAUACCACCAGACUCGAAGGAAAAAGGUUCAUCAUUAUACACAACUCUUAUUGAUGGCAAGGGUGGACUGCAAACUCUCCUUGAAAGUAUUAGGGAUAAGGACCCAGAUAAAGUGUCUGUAGGACUUGCAUCAUCACUUGAUACUGUUGCAGAGUUGGAAUUGUUGCAGGCCCCUGGAUUGUCAUUUUUAUUGCCUGAGCAAUACUUGAAGUAUCCAAGGUUAACAGGGAGAGGAACUGUUGAAUUUACAAUUGAGAAAGGAGAUGGUUCAGCUUUUUCCCCACAAGCAGGUGGUGAAUCUAAAAGUACAGCUACAAUUCAGGUUGUUGUGGAUGGAUAUUCAGCCCCGUUGACAGCAGGGAACUUUGCAAAACUGGUAAUUGAUGGAGCUUAUGAUGGGGCAAAACUCAGCUCUACUAGUCAAGCUGUUCUUUCUGAAAAUGGUAUUGAUAAGAACGAAGGCACUAGUAUUCCCUUGGAAAUAAAGCCGUCGGGACAAUUCGAGCCCUUAUACCGGACAACCCUUAGUGUUCAGGACGGAGAAUUGCCAGUUUUACCUCUGUCUGUGUAUGGAGCAGUUGCCAUGGCACAUAGUGAAACUUCAGAGGAAUAUUCUUCACCAUAUCAAUUCUUCUUCUAUCUGUAUGAUAAAAGAAAUUCUGGCUUGGGAGGACUGUCUUUUGAUGAAGGGCAAUUUUCAGUUUUUGGAUAUACAACUGUUGGAAGAGACAUCCUUCCUCAGAUCAAAACUGGGGACAUAAUUCGAUCCGCGAAACUCGUGGAAGGUCGAGACCGCCUCAUCUUACUGGAUGAGAAUUGAUUCUCUCUCUUGUGUUCUUAUCAAAACCAGAUCUAGCAAUUGGUUCUGUACAUUUCUUGAUUUUUGACUUGUGAUUGUUUCAUUUGUAUUUGUUGGUAAAGUUUUGUUGCUGGUGAAAUUAACUUGCAACUUAAUUAAUAUUUAUUGAUCUUUUAGACUUUGAGUA